UAAACAGGAUGGAGUAUUCGUUUCUCUUUCUCGAUAAUGUUGGCAGCACACGCCUGUACUUGCAGUUUCCUUCCCCUGUUGCCGAGAGGCACAAACUACAUUCCAGCAGUCAUGAGGUUUGGCUGAUCUCAGUCACACAUUGAAAGGAAAGUGCUGAAACACAUCAGAGUGUGAAGCAAACAUGGUGAGAAGAAGCAGUUAUUCUCUGUAAGAAAAAGGGGAAAUCCACGCUUAAUACUCUCUUAAAGUGAUGGAUUUUCAUCUGACAUACAGGUGGUGUAGAGAGCGGGCCUGGGAGAUUCUUUUGACACCAAUAUGGAUCAAGCUGGACAGUAUACUAAGCAGCAGCAGAUAAAAAUCGUUGAGGCCUACUUUGCCACAAAAUCGGUGCUUCUGACACAAAGACAACGCAGGAGAGAUUUUGGCAGGAACAAAGUACCUGAUAGAAGGACAAUUGAACGUUUGGUGGCCAAAUUUCGGGAGACUGGAAGUGUAGCAAAUGCCAAUAAAGAUCACAGCGGUCGACCUCCUUCAGCCAGAACUAGAUCUGGUUAAUUGUGGGAUGAUGGAGGACCAGAGUGGAGCUUGUCAUGUGAUGGAGGACAGUGAGGCAGACGGUCAAAAUAGACAAACCCCACCACAAACCAACAACAGACCCAACUGGUCAAACGGUCAGUGUGUUGUGACGGUGCGGAGUUGUUCGAUGUUAUACCCGGGCUUUGAUCUGUCGGUGUGCCGUGCCGCACUAGAGAAGGAUGGCUUCCAGAUUCCAUUCAGAGACAUGGAGGCUCCACUGCUGGCAGCACUGAAUGUUCCAUCAAUUAGGAGAUAUUUGAUGUUCAACUCUGCCUUCUUCCACUUCUUAAUGGCUCCGGUGCUGUAUGUGGUGCUGUUUUGUGCGGUGUUCUCCACGCUGCACCUCUACAUCCCCAUCAGUGACUACUGGGUCCUCUGUCUGUCUGUCAGUCUGGUCUCCAUCGUCCUCACCACUGUCAUCAUCAUCAUCCUGCAUCAAACCAACAAGGAGAUCAACGUGAACAUAGACGUCCGGCUCAUCCAGGUCAAUGAGAAGAUGGUAAAGCACAAGCUGCUGGUGGCUGUGGCCGACUGGGUUCAGAACUGCACCGGAAACCUGCAGCUGUGCUUUGUGUACUGGGACAUUGCCCUCUGCUUGACAGCGCUGACAGAAGCCUUAGAAGAAGGAAGCUUUGUGGAAAAUGACACUCAGAGCAAAAUCAAGAAGAAAAUGUCCAACCUUGUGCUCGUGACCGAAGCCCCGCCUGUCGACCCAGAGGACGGUGGUCCAGGUAUGGAGCAGUGCUCGGAUGAACAGAGUCCUUUGCUGGGAAAUGGGGACACGCGAUUCAGCGACUUGUCCAGUGAGCGAGAGAAUGCCAAAGUCACCAUGAGCUGCAGCCUCGUGCCUGAUGCAUCUUUAUCUUCUCAGGCUAAGGCCUACCAGCUCCUUAUGUCCUACAGCGCAGCUUAUGUGAAGUUGCUGGUGUCUCACAAGUUGUCACAGUGUCACCUACAGCCCAGGAGGAAUCACUGCAACAACGCACCACUCUGUUUGUGCCAGUACAUCCAAACCAAGAUUCUUCAGUAGCAGUACUGCUUAGGUCCAAAGCACACAGCCCACAGAAAGUCAAGUAAUGGAUAAGUCCUGCACAAAUGUUGAACAUGCUUUCCUGAACAGAAACUGAUAUCAAGUUUUCACUCUGAAGAUGUUUGUCUUUAUAAAUGGGCAGACCUUGUUGGCUCUAUGAUGUACCAGUAAUUUAUGGGAUGCAUGAAAUGCUGUCAUACUGAGAACAAAGGUGUGUGUGUGUGUGUGUGUGUGUGUGUAUAUAUAUAUAUAUGUGUGUGUGUGUGUGUGUGUGUGAAUGCUCUUGGUCCACCUAUGUUCAAUCUUCGCUAUCCCUUCAUGAAAGAAUGUCACAUUUUGAGUCUCCAGAUACUUUUGUUUCCAAGGGAAACAGAAAACUGUAUUGUGUAUGUAAAUGUAUUAUAUAUAAAUGUAUUAUUUGUACAUAUAGUACAUAUAUUUAGGGAAUAACUCUGUUGUGUUUGAUGAUUUGCAGAUGUUAAUGCUGGAUUUUAUAGUCACAAAUUGAGUAAAGAGGAGUUUUACUGGCGACACAUUAGCGCAGCCAGUAAAAUGGCUAUUUGCAGCAUUAAUGUCCGCAAAUCAUCAGACACAACAGGGUUAUUCCCAUUCUAAUCCAAUUUCAUCAUUUGCAAUUUGGUAGGCGAAGCUUACUGUCGUCGCUCCAGCGCCAUUACUGAUAUCUGCGUAUCAAAGAGGUCAGGGGGCGUGGAGUGCCUUACCAAAAAAUAGCACUAAUAAGUAUAUAAAAAGUAAACUGGAAGUAUACUUGAAACAUACUUGCAUGUACUACUUUUUGGUAAGAGGUAAUACAUCAAAUGUGAAACCGUCAAGUAUUGUGCCACUGUCAAAUUGAUAUUUCAUGGUCGAAAAUCUCACACGAUUAACCAGUCAGAUUUGCGGAACAAAUGUAACUGGAUUAGAAAUGUGUGUACUCCUAUCUAUAUGUAGCAGCUGCACUCUGCGUUGUGUUGUUACGACUCCGCCCAUUCAGUCCCCUCAGGACGCGAACUCACGAUCUCUAGCAUGGGAGUCGGACUCUCCAACCAGAGCUGUUGGGAGUGAGGUUUACUAACUACAUCUGCAUAGCGACACCUGCUAUCAAUCAUAUAAAUAUCAAUCAGAUAUUUAUAUGCAUAGAAUAGAAUAGAAUAGUUUUUUGUCAUUGUACAGGUAUGUGUGGGGGGGUACAAUGAAAUUGGGGGUGCUCCCGCAGAGCUACUGUACACCACAAAAACAAUACAUCUUAUACACCACCAAAAAAUUGUUUAAAUGUGAAAUAUGCAGU